AUAUCAACGGAUAUUGCUUAAAAAAUGAAAGAAUACACAGGAGACGAUUUGCUGCUGGUGUUUGAAGAUUUGAACAUUCAAUUGGGAGAUGUUAGCCCUAACGCCGUCAGAGCGUGGUUCGAUAAUAAUGAAGAAGAUAUGAAGGAAAUGUUAAAUUGGAUGUGUAGUUCGUUAUCCAAAGAAAAUCAUAUUUCUUCGCAGGAAUAUUUAGAGUAUACAGAAAUUGCAGAGCCUUUAAUUGAUGUGAAAUAUGAAAAAGAGUUGAGUAAUAUAGAGAAUGUAUAUCCUGGGUUAUUUGAUGUUGAGAAUAACAAGACAGAAAUCGAAUUUUUAGAGGAUGAAUAUGAGUUACUUAGGGAAGAAAAUGCCAAUUGUGAUACAGUUUUAAAAAUGCAACAGGAUUUAAAAUUAAAAUUUACUUCCGAAUUAUCCGAAGCAAACUCAAAUUUUAUUCAAUCGAGUUUGCAAUUAAAAGAAUCCUACGACAAAUGUAUUAAUCACAGUGUACAGUUGGAUAACUUACAUGAGGAACUUUUAAAACAACUGAGAAGAUAUGGGAGGAACUUGCAAGAAUUCAAAUUUGGUCAUUUUCCCAAUUUUUUAAACAGCAUGGAUUUGAAUUCAUUGCAAGAAAAUAUUGAUGGUUUGUCACCAUAUUUAAAUGUUUUAAUGAAGAACACUUUUCUUAAUUCUUCUGAUUUAACUGGGGAAUUUACAAUGAAAGAGGAUGAAAUUUCUGUGAUGUUAUCAGAUAUUCAAAGCAGGAUUUAUAACAGCCAUCAAGAAUAUUUAGCUAAUAAGGUGGAAGAAGGAAAACUAAAAGCUGUACUGAAUUAUAUUUUAAAGCAAAAUGCGGAAAAUAUUUGUAGUUUAAGUGAAAGUGUCCAUUUGCAGGCCAAUAUAGAUGCUAAAACUGAAAGUAAAAACAUGAUGUGUAAAAUGAUGGAAAAUGUUAGUGAUAAAUAUGCCACAAUUUGCAUAAACCAACCAAAAUUGAGAUAUCAACAGCAAGAAUUAAAUAAUUCUGAGCAAAGAUUAACAAAACUCAAUAGUGUCCUUACCUGCAUUUAUAAAUUAUUAUCCUAUUACAUAGUUUUAUAUAAUUUAUUUAAAUCUGAAGGUAAAGACAUUCAAGGGACAGAAAGUUUUUUCAAGAAACUGUUAGAUUACAUUUCAAAGGAUUUGGAAAUAUGCCAAGCUAGGAUUGAAAAAAUGAACACAAUAAUUGAUGAUUAUGAUUUAUACACGAAAAACCCUUUGGAUGAAAAGUUUAAAUUUGUACAAAGCAUCGGGAAAAUAUUGUCGAAAAAUAAAACCUCCCUUACAUCAAUAUUGCAGACUGUAAAUGACUUUAAAAUGAAGUUAUGCAAUUUAGAGGAACAGGUUUUUGUUAGGGACUUUGAAGAACAUUGCCAAUAUAGCAGAGACAUGGAAAAAAAUAUGGAUAAUUUAGAACAAUUUCUAACGUCUGGUUCAACCAAUAGAAUCGUUGGGAUAUCAUCGGAAUUGUACAGGGCCAUAAAAGAAGUGAAUACCUUGGUUAAAAACCAAACCAGUUCCGUACAGGAUGCUACACGUUUAUCCUCCAAAAUGAAAAAAAUUCAAGAUGAUAAAUGGAAAAACCAUCUUAGACAACUUUGGAUGUAUUUUCUUAAAGACAGUCCAAAAUUGUUUUUUGUGCUACAAGAACUUGAGGAGGAGUCUAAAAAUACUAUAAAACAAUGAAAUUUAUAAAAUGUAAGUCAAUAAAACAAACACUAUUCUUAACAAUGUAAUUAUGUUUAUUAAUCACAUUUUUAGUAGUAAGUAG